AUGGUAGGGAUAUGGGGAAUGGGAGGAAUUGGUAAGACUACUAUUGCCCAAGCUUUGUUUAGGAGAAUUUCUUACAAGUUUGAGGGUAGUAGCUUUAUUAAAGGUGUUAGAGAAAAUAGUAAAAGAGAUAUAUGUGCCUUACAAGAAAAGAUUCUCAAAGAUAUUCUAACGACGCACCAGGGGUCCAUGAAUAAUGAUCCAGAGGAUGGAGCCAAAAUGAUAUAUACAAGAUUGUGCAACAAGAAGGUUCUUCUUGUUCUUGAUGACGUAGAUGAUGUCAAGCAAUUACAUUUCCUAGCUGCAACACGUGAGUGGUUUGGUGCAGGAAGUAGAAUCAUUAUAACCACUAGAGAUGAGCAUUUGUUGUUAGAUACGUAUGCCAAGUACAAACCUGCUAUUUUAGUUCAUGAGCAGGCUGUUGAGCUCUUCAGUACGCAUGCUUUUCGAAAAGCUAACCCUCCAGAAGGGUAUAAGGAGGUGUCAGAUCGGGCAGUAAGCCAGUGUGGCGGUCUUCCUUUAGCUCUGGAAGUUUUAGGCUCUUUCUUCCGUGGAAGGGAAGCACAUGUCUGGGAAAGCGCUUUAAACAGGCUACCCAAAUCACUAGAUGAGAAGAUUUUUGCAAUAUUGAACAUAAGUUUUGAGGGGCUAAAGGUUUCUGAGAAAAACAUAUUCUUAGACAUUGCAUGUUUCUUCAAAGGCUAUGAUGAAGAACAUGUGACUAGAGUACUCGAUAGCUUUGGUUUUGAUCCAGUGAUAGGAAUUAGUGUUCUUAUUGAAAAAUCUCUUAUAACCGUCUCAUAUAAAAGAUUAUACAUGCAUGAUCUUGUUCAAGAAAUGGGUUUGAAAAUUGUUCGUGAGAGUUCCCCGAAUAGCAGGCUAUGGCAAAUCGAAGAGAUCCAUGAUUUCAUUAAGAAAAAGAAGGUAAUAAAUUUCUUUCUUUAUUAA